AUGGCAGCUAAUAACAACCUGAACAUGCACAGUAUGUCUCCACAGCAUAUAUCAUCGCUUAAUCAAGGCAUUAUGCCUCAAUCGGUUAUUGCAUCAACUGGUAGUGUCAAUCCCAUGAUCGGCAUGCCAUCAAUGCCGCAACCAUCAAGCAGCGCACAAAGCGCUUGGGAUCAACUUACCGCUUCCUCAUCAUCUUCAGUCAAUUCGAAUGUACUAAGUACCACGCCCACAACAAACAUCAUCGCUGUUGGUGGUAGUGCUGUUGGCUUGGGAAUCGGCAGUACAACUAAUUUAUCUACAUUACAAACGCUACCGACAGCAAGUAGUAAUACUAUUAGUGGUGUUGGUGGCACUAUGAUUGCUGUUAAUACCGGCGCUCAAACGGGCGGCAUAACGAUGGGCGAUCCCAACGGCCUUGGUUUGGGUAAUACAUCUGGUGGUAAUUCACCAGCGGCUAGUUGCGCCUCUCCAUCGACGCCCACAAAAACUAAUGCACCUCCAUUGGAUGGUAUGAUGGCACACACGCCCACACAGGGACCACCUGCUAUGCACAGUGGCGGAUAUGGCGAGGAAUUGACGGCCGAGCUAGUGAAUCAAGGUUGGCGCAAAUUUUGGUCGAAACGCGAAAGUCGGCCUUACUAUUGGAAUAAAAUAACUGGUGAAUCGCUAUGGGAAAUGCCUGGCGCACGGCCGUUUGAUCCACUCACAGAUCCUUUAGGCAUUUGUCAUAGCGGUGGUCAGCCGCCAAUGAAUCCCGGCAUGCCUCAUCCGCACCAUAUACAACACCCGAAUUUAAAGCGUCGCCCCUCGGACGAUAUGCAUCUACAUCCACAUCAACAGCAUCCGCCGUUGAAGAAAUUCGUCUUGGCUGGGCCUUGGGAUUUAGAGAUUUGCACGAAUGCUGUAAUUGUUGAACGACCGCCAACGUUAUUGCCACAACCACAUCCUGAAAUCGAGGCUUUACGCGCUGCAUACACUAUGAAACUUGUAAAGACGUACGAAGAUCUAUGUAUGCGUCGCGAAAAUAUUAAAGCGCCGAAAGACUCAUUCAAUCGCUGGCUAAUGGAGCGCAAAGUAGUAGACACUGGCUGCGACCCCCUCUUACCGAGCAAUUGCAAGAUAGAGAUUUCACCAUCAAUGUACAGGGAGAUUAUGGCAGAUAUACCGAUAAAGAUUGUUAAACCGAAAUUUACAGGCGAUGCACGCAAGCAAUUGUCACGUUACGCCGAAGCCGCUAAGCAGAUUAUUGAAUCUCGUUCGGCACCAGCCGAGAGCAAAAAGAUCGUUAAAUGGAAUGUUGAAGAUACUUUCCAAUGGUUGCGACGCACUGUUGGCGCCAGCUAUGAAGACUUUCAAGAUCGUCUUGCCCAUUUGAAACGACAAUGUGAACCACAUCUGGUGGAGACCGUUAAAAGUUCCGUAGAGGCGCUCUGCAUUAAAAUCUAUCACUUGAGUGCUGAACAUGCGCGUAAAAUACGCGAACGUCAUAUGCAAUUGCUCAAGGAGCAUGGCAUACCAGAGCCUACACCACCACCACCACCGCCUCAUCUUAAGAAAGUCUGGUGUUAUCCCAUACAGUUUGCUGUACCAUCGCCGCGUAUGCCAGUUAUCGAGUACGUACAGGAUCGUGAUCACAUGAUAAUCAAGUACACGCCAAGUACACACAAUCAGCCCGACGCGCAAUAUAUAAAUUUAACACAUCUGCAGAAGUUAGAGCAAUUGUAUCGGCACAAUUGUUUCGAUGAUAAAAAAUUUGAUUUGUUCAUUGGAAGGGUUUGGUGCCUAUUGAAGCGCUACCAGACAUUCCUGGGCAAUGCAUUGAACUCGUCGCAGGAGGCCGAAAUGACGCAGGCAUCAUUGCCAGUACCAGUGUUUGAAUGUUUACAUCGUCACUACGGUGUUAGUUUUGAGUGCUUUGCUUCGCCAUUCAACUCGUACUUUAGGCAAUAUUGCUCGGCGUUCGCAGAUACCGAUGCAUAUUUUGGUUCCAGAGGGCCAUUUCUAGAUUUCAAGCCAGUUUCUGGUUCGUUUCAAGUGAAUCCACCGCAUUGCGAGGAACUUAUCGAUAGAGCGCUGCACCACAUCGAUAAGUUGCUCACCGAUUCAAUGGAGCCUUUAAGCUUCAUCAUAUUUUUGCCCGAGUGGAAAAGUAUCGCAAAGCUGGAGGAGAGCAUGUUCAAACGCCGAUCAAUGGUGGUCUUGGGCAUGGCACAUGAAUACCGUCACGGCUAUCAACACAUUAUACCAAAAGCCGAUGUCAAUGUGAAAUGUAUGCAAGGCACCCAAGUGGUUUGGUUACAGAAUAGCGCAGGCCAUGCACGCUGGGGUCCCAAUGAAAAUCGCGUAGAGGCGUUGCGUGAAGCAUUCCGGCCACAACGCGAUCGUGAGCGUGAGCGCGCUGCCGCCGCUGCGGCUGCAGCUGCAUCAUCGCCACAACCAUCAAUGCAUCAAUCUUCUGCAGCGCAUACGCUCAGCAACAGCAUUAGCGGCGGCAGCAAUGCUAUAAACACAAAUGCCAGUAGCUCUGCAGCCUCCGCUACUUCUACCAACAUCAAUUCAACCAGCGCUGCGAGCAGCAGCACAAUGCAAUCAACAGGCGCGCCACUCUCACCACACACGCCACCAAAUAUGGCUACGUCAUCGACCGGUUCGCCGGCUAUGAGCAUUCAAAGUGCUUGUUCUUCGCCUUCCUCUUCAUCAAUGUCACUUUCGCCUGCUGCUCCCGGUGCUGUAGGCAUGCUAGAUGGCAAUACUUCGGUAUCUAUUACAGCCACAGCUACAACUGCAGGUGGUGCUUUCGCCAGUCUAGUAGCUGCUUCGACAUCAGCCGCAAGCGUUGUAGGCAGCGGCAGUGUAAUGAGUGGCGGCGUAGGCCCAUCAGGUGCUGCAGGCAGCGCCAUUAACAGCAAUGCCGGACAAGCGGUUAUCAAUUCUGCAGUUUAAAUAUGCUUAGAUGUUUUUUAUGUAACAGGAUUAAAUUACAAAUUGAAAUUAUAUGAAGCGGUGAGCAGUAAAAUAAUAGUAUAAGUACAAAAUUAUGCUACUAAGGAACUAUAUGUCUCCCAGCUCACCGGUACAACGUGCGCUGUAUCGGGCCAGAAUAGCAAAUUCAAAUAUGAGUUAUGUAUGUAUAUGGCAACUUUUGUUUCUAAUUUUUGGCGGUAAUGUAAUUUAUUAAUAUUUAUAAGGAAGAAAGUGAAAUAUGUAAGAAAAGAAACAAAGGAAAAAAAACUAGUAAAAAAGUAGGGCUAGCUUUAAAAAAAGUUAAAAAAGAUGCAAAAGAAUUGAAUUCUUUCCAAGUAAGCAUAUAGAUAUGCAUACAUGCAAUGAGUGUUUAUACUUUACGAUCACUUUACUAUUGUCUAUUUUUUAGCAAUGUACAUAUAUAAAUACAUACAUAAACCAUAUUUUUAAAACGAAUUUUUCGUUUUUGAGACGCUACUGCGGCGCCAAAUGACAGAGCAUUGCAAUGUCUUCUUGUUCUAUACUUUUUUUCUAUUUCUAUGUAGUUUUUACACUAAUGCAUAAAAAAGUAUUUGAUAAUUAAGAGAUACAGAAUUUUCUUGCGACAAUUGACUUUUUUGAAAUUAAUUUUAAGUUAACUUUAACGCUAAGGGCUGCAGAGUUGACUAACUCACGUUUGUAAACAAAAGCGUAUAAUUAUAAAUGUAACACUCAACAUUUUUUAAUUCUUUUGUUUUCAUUUUAACCUGGGGUGGAUCGAAUACAUGUUUGUAUGUAUGUAUUAAAUAAAUAGCUAAAUAGAAUCCUCGCAUCAGAUGUAAAAAAAGAUGGAAGUAGUUUAUGAAAGUAAUAUGUAUCUCAUGAAAAAUAGUGUAAUUGAAACAUUUUGAAAUACAUAGCUUUCAUAAAUAAAGCCGCGCUAGAAUCGGGCGAGUUUUAAAGCGUUUACUAAAAAAUAAUGAUGAAAUGACGAUUACAAUUCGUUUAUAUUUUAAUGUAGGCUUUUGGAACUCAGUAAGAAAUUAGUGCUAGCACCUUAAGCGACAACCAAUAGCAGCUUAAAUAUAAUUUAAGAUCAUACGUUUUAAAUGCAUAUGCAUCAGUUUUCGCGUUCAAAUUUACUUCAAAUUAUGUUUUUUCCAAACUCUUCUAAUGCUUUUGCUUCUGUUUUCUUCGACCCGAGUAUCUUUAAGUUAAAUUUCAAAAAAUUUAAAUGACUGCCUAUUUUGUAUGAAUGUUUAUUUAAUUUCAGUAUUUUUAUGUGAUAAAAUAAUAAAAGGGCAGAUAGACUACGUAAAUUAAACUUUCAUUCACUUUUUCUUAACCUAUUACUUUGACAAUGCUUAUGACGCUGGGUCAUACCGUACCCGUGUUGACUUCACGCUGAGUGCAAGAGCGGAGGCAGCAGACUGGAAGGGUUGUGGUCUUCAGCUAUAUAAACGCUCAAACACGUACUAUU